CACGUGUGCCUGCGCGCUGAAGUUGGCGACGAGUCAAAGUCGAAGUCGCGGUCACACGUCACAAUACACCCCCCUGUAUCCGGUGCGCGCCGCGAGAGAUUUGUAAUUACGAAUAAAUGAUCGGCAUGAAGCUAGUCGGUUCUCCGAGGUGUUCGUGAAACGUUCUGCCAUCGACGUUCGUAUGGUGAUUUGAAAGGAGAUAAAUCGCGUUACGAAAUCGUUCGUGAUUAUUUCGUUCGAAAGAAAUCGUGGAAUCUGUCAUGAACAGCAAGGAAUCCUUCGGGAAGAUGUCCGUCCAUCCUGACGUGGCAAAUGGAUUACAUGAGAAAGUGGCCAACGGAAACACGUCUACAAGUAUUUUACGUGAUAUGACCGCCGAUGGAUUACGAAAAAGAAUGCAGGAAAUCCGAGAAGACGUUUUGGAGCACGUUAAUGACCGCAUUAACGACAUGAUGUCCGAGGUUCUGCAGAACAUAGAAACGGUCCCGGCGAAAAAUGGAGAAUUCCUGUACAACGCGGACAAGUAUCGCGACAAGAAAAAAUCUGACAAAGAGGGUAUGUUGCCGGAUAAAGAAUUUCUCCAUAGGAACUCGUUACUCACCGAUCUCUUCGAAAUCACACAUAUCCGCACAGUUUAUAAUUUAUUCAUAGUAAUAUUAAUACUCCUGUUUCUCAACACCGCUGCGUCUGACAUCAUGGAGUCAGGAAAGUUUCUCGUUGGGACUGAAACGAUACAAAAUGCUUUUGGAAACUUCCCAGCCUGUCUCUAUAUUUGGUCAUUUAUGCAAGUCUCAACAUUUGGCAUCUAUAUGGCCUUUAACAUCUGGGCGUAUCAACGACACGCUUUCUCGCCAAAAUCUAGUGCCCAGAAAAAUUGGGAUUACGGCUGGCUGACAGCUCUGAUAUUUUAUCAAGUGCUCUUCAUCAUCCUUCCCGUUAAAGCGAUGCUGCAACAAAAUCUCGGCAUAUGUAGCAACAUAGUUGUACUCAUGGAACAAAUACGUAUGCUGAUGAAGAGUCACGCUUUCAUCAGAAGCACAGCUUCCCGACAUCUGGCUUACAAACCUCACAGUGAAUUGCCGGUGCCGAAAAGCCCCGGAUUCUCCCAAUAUUUAUACUUUCUAUUCGCACCAACUCUCGUGUAUCGCGAUAGUUACCCCAGAACGGAAAAGAUUCGGUGGACAAUAGUGAUUUGGAAUUUCUUCGAGUUCGGCCUAGCAAUCUUUUAUCUUGCUCUCGUAGUAGAACGUAUGUUGUUGCCGGUUUUCCGGAUCUUUGGCACGCAACCUCUGGAACAGAAGUGGUACAUAAAGAGCACCAUCGAGGCGAGUGUUCCCGGUAUCUUGUUCUUCAUGGCUGGGAAUUACCUUCUGCUGCAUUCGUGGUUGAACGCCUGGGCCGAGUUGUUACGAUUUGCCGAUCGCAUGUUUUACAAAGACUGGUGGAACUGCACGUCCUAUCGCACUUACUACCGUACUUGGAACGUGGUAGUGCACGACUGGCUGUACACGUACAUCUAUAAGGACAUAUACGAGAUCUUGUCGCAGCGUAACAAGAAUCUAGCAACCUUCGCUGUGUUCUUCGUCUCCGCCGUCUUCCACGAGUACAUCAUUGCGUUCACGUUCCAUUUCUUCUAUCCUGUGAUGUUCGUCUUGUUUGGCGGUUUUGGCUUUGCCUUUAUAUUUGUAGGGAAAAUCGUUCGAAGCAACACGUUCAUGUGGCUGAGUUUCUGCCUCGGCAACGGCAUCAUGAUGAGCUUGUACUCGAUAGAGUGUUACGCCCGCGCCAACUGUCUGCCUCAUCCCGACUACUACGUGGACCUGUUUUUACCGCGUAGUUGGAACUGCCAGCAGCAACUCGGCGCGUAGGCCGUCCUAUUCGCGUCGGUGGUGAAUUCUUAUUCACGCUAUUGUAGAUACUAUCUAGCCGAGAUUUGCGAGAAAACAAUCAAACUGUUAAGCGACUUCUCGUUACGGAGGAUAGUAACGAGAAGUUGAUUAUCAGUUAAUCAUAAAAUAAUAAAAUCGGUUGAUGUAAUUCUAAUAAUUUUAUUAAUGAGUGAACACGUGCAUUUAACUCUUUUCUUGUCAAAUCAUGGAUCAGGGUGUCAGUAAUUCAUUCUGCUUUUGAGGUGCACAUGGUUACUACGACUCUAUAAAUACAAAUGCAUUCGUCUCUCAUCGUACUUUAAAACAAAUGCAGAAUUUGUACAUACAAAAAAUUAUAAUUCGUAUUAAAUUAAUUGCGUUAAUAUUUUCAAAUGCUGCACGCAGAUAACAGCAUAUAGGUGUAUACAAUUUUUGGUGAUCUUUAAUGUAAAGUAGAUUUGUAAAUGUGCUAAAACCUAAUGAUCGAGAGCGAGAGAGAGAGAGGGAGAGAGUGAGUGAUCAGGAACUUUCAAAUUCCCUUGGAAUGAAUAAUUGCUCAACACGUCGAUUUUUACAAUUGCUAAUUUGUAAAAAGGAUCAGAAUCAAAAGACAAUAUACGAAUUUAUAAAAAAAA